CCCUGUCUACCUCUUUUUCUCUGUUCAAGUAGACACACAUACACAAACACACAAACUGUCUUUCAUCAUCUUCAUACCUGCAAUACUGCUUACUAUUGGCUACAGUCAGUACUAGAGCCCAACAUAAUGACGGCCGUGUCUGGAUCAGGACUCCUGCUCUUGCUGUGUCUGUUAUCAGCUGCUGAAUGUGACCUGGAUGUGCUCGGCACUGUGGGUAAUGAUGUGACUUUGCCGCUUAAAUAUGAUGCCAGAGCAAAUGGUCUAAGUUGUAUAUGCUGGGGACGAGGUGUAGUACCAUCCUCAGGCUGUGGCAAUCAGCUGCUCGCCACUGACGGUCUAAGAGUGAAAAAAGACUCACUGGUGUCCAGCAGGUACCAGCUCCUGGGUAACCUGAGAAAGGGGGAUGUUUCACUGACGAUAUUAAACGUCAGUGAGAUGGACUCCGGACGAUACGGAUGCAGAGUGGGAAGAGAGGGAUGGUUCAACGACGAUAAAUAUCACUUUACACUGAGAGUUCAGAAAGAUACUAAGCCCACCCCAAAGUGGAAAUUGGAUGAUGUCACCUCCACAGAACAGACCAUAUUGAAGUACACACAAGUUACUGAAGCACGGAAGGAAACAGGAAGUGAUGAGGCAAUGGACUACACUGAGGGCCCUGUGGUAUUUGAGUGCGACUGGGAGGUUGUUUUAGCAUUAGAGCGUGACAUAAUGACGGCCGUGUCCUGCUCAGGAUUCCUGCUCCUGCUGUGUCUGUUAACAGCUGCUGAAUGUGACCUGGUUGUGUUCGCCACUGUGGGCUUUAAUGUGACUCUGCCGUGUAAUUAUGAUGUCACAGCAAAUGGUCUAAGUUCAACAUGCUGGGGACGAGGUGCGAUACCCGCCUGGAAAUGUAGCAAUCAGCUGAUCGCCGCUGACGGUGCAACAGUGAGAAAAGACUCACAGGUGUCCAGCAGGUACCAGCUCCUGGGUGACCUGAGAAAGGGAGAUGCUUCCAUGACGAUAUUAAACGUCAGUGCGAUGGACUCUGGACGAUACGGAUGCAGAGUGGAAAUAGCGGGAUGGUGGAACGACCUUAAACAUCACUUUAAACUGAGUGUUCAGGAAGAUACUAAGCCAACCCCAAAGAGGACAUUGGAUAAUGUCACCUCCACAGAACAGACCACAUUGAAGUUCACACAAGCAGCUCACAUCAAUUCCACACGGUACUGGGACCCUUCUGAAACGGUUCUAAGCCCUAUACAGGGAAGUAGUGGCCAAUUUUCUGUGCCGAUUGCAUGUGUUCUGAUCAUCGCUUCCAUUGCAGUGGUGGGUGUUGCUGUCUACUUUAUAAAGAGAUCGGGAAAAUUCAGCAAAUCUUCCCAGAUGUAAGUAACGGAUUGUUUAAAAUGAACACAUUAGAAACUCGCUGUCUGGUCCUGAACCUACCAACAGAGAGGAGAACAUCUACCAGAUGGAUGAAGUCAACCCCUAUCAGACCUUUCAAUGACAUUUUGUGUGAUUUGAUACAUAAUCCGUAGGUUAUUAAUAUAGUCAUUGCUAUGCUGUCCAAUCUGUAUGAACCUGUAUCCGUGUGAUUCUUUUGUACAGUCUGCUCAGCUGUGUCUGAAAUAUCAUCAAAAUCGGUCGUAACCUUGUUUAUAUAAUAUCCAAAUAAUAAUGUGUGUAAUUUUUUAUAAUUAUGCCCUACAACUUUGAGUUGGUGUGCCUUUAACUUCUGGUACUGUGGUGCCUCACCCCGAAUAAAGUUGAGAAUCGCUGCCGGGGGGGGGGGACACUGACACAAAACAGUCAAGGCGGAUGUCAGUCCUAAGUCUAAGGACUGUGCUAGAUAUGUCUACCCAGAGAUCACACAUUUUGAAACGUUGCACCUAAAUGUGUCAUGCAACCAGACAAGAUGUAUAAAACCGUCAUUGUAUCUUAACACAAAAGCUACAUUUAGCAAGAUAAAAAAUAGUUUUAACAUUUAAAGAUAUUUUAGAUAUUUAGAUACAUAGAUAUGUUUUAUAUGUAUUUAUAUUUAACCUUUUGUUUUCAAACUGAGACGCAAACAUGUGUUCUAAUAAUGAAAGCAAGUUUAUUUUGAAGGGCCAGGAAAAUGCUUAAAAAGUGAUUUUUGUUGGGACUGUUUUUUUAUUAAUAUCACUCUUGCCAGCUGACUCAUAUAGUAUGCUUACAACAACAACGUUCCCUAUUUUCAUACCGUCACACCAUCAAGUGAAUUGAUCCAAUAUGAAGAUGAACAUAGGAGAUGCAGUAUCAAAGGCAAUGAUAAAUACAAUUCCAAAGGAAUAAUCAACGUUAAAACAACAUUUAUAUUUCAUAUUAAUGUAUAACUAGUCAAAAUUAGCAUAUGUAAAAAAUAAAAAGGUAAAAAGUC